AUGGCCGUCGCUACAGGCUUCUUCCCGCUUUCUUCACGCGCUGCGCUACCCUCGAUUACUCUUCCCACGUGCCGCGCUUCCUCUUCUCCCACAUUAUUGAAGCGUUUGCCGCCGCCGCCGCCGCCGCCGCUAUUGCUCCAUCAAGAGCUUAAUACGAGCUCUAUUUCCACUUCAUCCUGCGCUCUUCACUGCCCCCACUUUCAAUCCUGUUCUGGUUGUACUCACGAGUACAACCUGCACGAUCCGCCCAUUAUAGAUGAGGCGAUUAAAUUCUUCAACGGCGUUGGUGUUUCUAACUUCACUUUCGACAGCUGUAGACUUUGGGAAUGGAGGUGUCGUGCGAAGCUUGCAGUUCGUGGAUCAUCUAUGAGACCAUUGAUUGGUCUAUAUGAAGUUGGCACUCAUAAUGCAGUCGAUAUUCCGGAAUGCAAAGCCCAUCAUCCGAGCAUUAAUGCUGCUGUUGAGUUACUAAAGCAAGCAAUGGCUGAACUGAAUAUUGUACCAUAUGAAGAAGACACGGGCACUGGUGAACUAAGAUACGUUCAGAUGGCUGUGACGACAUACAACACAUCACUUCCUGCAUCUGAAAGAUACAGAAAAGGUAAGGUGCAGGUUGCUUUAGUUUGGAAUUCAAGAAAUGAGAGCUCUCCAACUUGUGACAAAUUGAAUGCUCUUGCCAAUUAUAUGUGGAUCAAAGGGGGACCAAAGAAAGAUGUGCAUUUGAUCCAUUCUGUUUGGGCUAACUUUCAGACAUCAACAAAUAAUGUUAUUUUUGGUAACAGGUGGAGACAUCUUUUAGGUGAGAUAGACUUCUGGGAGCAUGUUGGAGGAAUUGAUGUUUCCAUGGCCCCUUCAAGCUUUGGGCAAGCAAAUACAAGGGCUUUUGAUGCUCUGCUUCGUAAACUACAAAAGUAUGUCCCUUUUGGUGCAUCCGUAGUUGAUCUUUAUGCUGGUGCUGGGGUAAUUGGAUUGUCUUUGGCUGCCACAAGGAAAUGCAGAUCUGUGAAAUGCGUGGAGGUGAACAAAGAAUCAAAACAUUCUUUUGAAAAGACGGCUUCUCGGUUACCAACCAACACGGAGAGCAGCAUCAGCUGGCAUCAAGCGGAUGCUUCAAAAGACCCACUUUCUUGGCUCAUUGGAUCUGAUGUUGCGGUGGUUGAUCCUCCACGGAAAGGACUAGACCCAUCUCUGCUCAAUGCUUUACAGUCAGUUUCAUUCAUGAAAAUCAAAGAUAGUUUACCAGAAAGUACCCAGAGAAAGGUUAAAAUUGAGAAAAGGCCAUGGGUCCUUCGAGAAAGAGAAACUUCAGUUCACAGCAAUAGCGGGAUUGUGGAGAAUGAGAGUCGUUCAUUGCCUCAAACUCUAAUAUAUAUAAGCUGUGGAUGGGAUAGUUUCAAAGAGGCACGUUAA